UGGCGACACUGAAGAUUGGUUUGUCAUUUUAUAUUUACGUUCUGAUCGCCGCCCCUUGGCCGCCCCCUUUCUGAUUUCUGAUACAAUACCAAACAAAACAUGUGUUUUUAAGACAUAAAUAAUUUAAGAGCAAACACAAGAUGUAUCAGGAUAAUGAAGACGAUUAUAAAUUUGCCGCAUGCACGUAUUUUGCUAAAAAUCACCCGGGUGAAACUUGUGGGAGUAAUGGUCUGCCUCUCACUCCAAGUUCAAUCACCAUAUUGGGGCUAGCACAGCGAUUAUUGACAAUUGAACAUCCCAACUUAUGCACAUAUCUAGAUAUUAUACGAGGAAAACAUGAAAGAAUCAUAGUGGUAGCAGAGGUAGUCGGAAAAUCACUAUCAGAUUUUAAAUCAAAGUUUACAAUAAACGAGGUUGUAAACAUAGCCCAUCAAGUUGCAGAUGCUCUGAAAUUCUUGCAUGAACAAGGUAUCACCCAUCGGACUCUCAGUGAUGAUAACAUAUUGGUGGAUGGAGAGGGAAGGGUGAAGUUGUUCAACUAUGGGUUAUAUUACAUGACUGGGGGAGGGAAUGAGGUGUCAUUUCCAUUGGGUUUACCAAAAUAUUUAAGUCCGGAAACAAUAUUAAAUGGUGGAGGUCCAGCUGCAGAUGUGUGGACAUUUGGGAUUAUCCUGCUGGAGUUGUGUAUCGGUAAACUCUGGCAGAACCUCAAACCUGGACCAAUAUUGAGAAGGAUUCUCACCUUAGUUCAUGCAAAUAACCCAGCUGAGAGAAUGGCCAGAGAACAUGACUGCUAUGAUGCAUAUAAACAAUUACCAGAAAAUCUCAGAUUAGUUAUAGAAAAAUGUCUAAAGAUAUAUCCAAGAGAAAGAGCAACAUUCUCUGAAAUAGUUGAUGAUUUAUCCCAAAUCAAUACUAGUGAGAUGGCUGAAGUGAAGCAGCCUCGCGGGCUGAUGGGUUGCAAGCUUCAGUACCUGUACCAUUGGUGGCAGUUAGCUGGUGGGGACAUCCAAGCAGAGUUGAAGAAGAAUGGAUUGAUAAAAAACAGUCCACCGAUAUUGUCCAUGCCCAUAGCAAUACUUCUCGAUGGCUGUACGAUAGGUGGCAAAACGGGAGCCUUAUUUGACUGUCGAAUAGCAAAGUACAGUUUGGGCUUGCUUAAGUCUCGACUAAGUCACAUAUCAGCUCAUGACUACUAUCCCUUAAUGCAUGAGAGAAGAAAACAAUAUGAUGCUGUCUCAUUGCCUAAGAUUAUAAGGGAGAGAGAUACUGAAUACCAGUUCUAUAGGCUACUGUGGUUCCAGAGAUUGUUGCAUGGAUAUCCCUACACAGCGCCGUACAUCCGGGCAGAGGCGGAGAUCGAUAUCCCGCCGCUGGUGCGUGGCGAUGUGUGGGCGGCCCUGCUCGGUGUUGUGGGCGACAUUGAAGAGCAGUACGAGCGGAUCGAUAAAGAAACACCCACGCCCACUGAUAGACAGAUAGACGUAGAUAUUCCCCGAUGUCAUCAGUAUUGUUGGUUGCUAUGCGGUUCGGCGGGUCACCGUACGCUGAAGAGGCUACUCAAGGCAUGGCUACUCAUGAACCCGCAGUAUGUGUACUGGCAAGGCUUGGACUCUCUCACCGCUCCGUUUCUCUACCUCAAUUUUUGUAAUGAGGCUCGUGCAUUCGCCUGUCUAUCAGCAUUCGUGCCGAAAUUCCUUCACAACUUUUUCCUUAAAGACAACAGCAUGGUAAUCAAGGAGUACUUGGCUAAGUUCUGGCAGAUGACAGCCUUCCACGAACCGGAGCUGGCGUCUCACCUCCACGAGAUAAACUUUGUGCCAGAGUUGUUUGCUAUACCCUGGUUUCUGACCAUGUUUUCGCACGUUUUCCCCCUUCACAAAAUAGUGCACCUUUGGGACGCUUUAUUAGUAGAAGGGCCAUCACUACCCUUGUUCAUGGGAGUUGGAAUACUCAGACAACUACGCGACACUCUGCUAGAGUCGGGCUUCAACGAAUGUAUAUUACUAUUCUCAGAUUUACCUGAGAUUGAUAUUGGAGAGUGUGUUAAGGAAUCAAUAGACAUGUGCCGCAGUUCCCCAAGAAGCAUAAGUUAUAGAAGGUUCACUAAUGAAGCACGGACCAAAGAACCUAUGGAUAUGGUGGAGAUACCGAUGGAAAUGUUAUUUGCAGAGAUCUGUCCCCGGAUAAGUUUGUCGGAUUUCUUCUCUUUAAUAUGUCAAGACAAAAGCUGUGUUAUUGACAUAAGGUCUAAUUUACUAUACGAAAAAAGUUGCAUCGAAGGCUCUAUAAACGUGCCGUACAGCGGCGUCCAUCUCGGCCAGCAUGAGCUGCGUGCGUUGGGCCUCAACCCACAACGCGUUUUGAAAGAAGCGAUGAAGGUCAAGAAGACCAUAGUUGUCGCGUCUGCUGAAGACGAAACUGCGCAACUGUUCAGCGAUUACCUGGUGAAAUGCAGUGUUCCUCGGGUGUGCAUCUUUCACGGGGGCAUAUCAGCGGUGCAGACACACUUGCCUUCAUUGUUCACCACGCCAGCACCUCCCAACAAGAACGGCAACAAAUAAUAUCAUCUUAAUGAUUUCUUAUGUUUACGGGAAUGUUAGAUAUUAAAAUUAAAUUAUUCUUCGGCAGCCUUCGUGGUAUUCCCUGUGACCACGAAGGCUGCAGUCUUCGAAACGUCGGGAGUAAAAUAAAAUAUUACUUAUAACCGCAAUAAAAUCAGAAAAAUAGUUUUAUUUUAAUAUAAUCUUAAACAGAUUAUAAUAUAUUUAUAUUAUCACCUAUUUUAUGCUUGGAAUACAUGUGUUAUUAAUACGCAGGUAGUGCCGAAGGGUUGGUAUUUUACACAAGGUUACCCGAUGCAAAUAAAAUGCCUUGGUUAACAUAUCGCGGCAAAUUUAAUAGAAAGUAAAAACGAAGACGAACGUAAAUAAACUUAAAAGGGAAGCCGGUAGGAAUCGGGUUGUAUGGAGGCUUCGCCAUGGAGGUAUAUAACAUUUUUUUUGUUGAAAAUAUAACAUUUUGUUGGUCAAAUUGUAUGCCUGAUUGUCCAUAAUUUAGUAUUUUCUUAUCACGACUGAAAGUAUAUUUUGAAUAGCAUGUGUAUUCCAUGUUUAUGUGUAAGUUAUUAGUGAGAUUAAAUCUUUAUUUGUUUUACGAUGUUUUUAUAACAUUCCUAAUAUAAAAGUAUGAUUGUAUGUAGAAAUUUAAUUUAAUAAAUAUAUUUGUACUGGAA